UUCAGAAAGUUAUCCCUCAAGAUGGAAGCAAGUGGAGCAGGGUUUGGUGUGGCAGUAAUAGUGAUAAUAUUGGGGUGGUGUUCAUGGAGAAUGUAUAACUUUCUUUGGUUAAAACCGAAGAGGACCGAGAUGUUUUUAAGAAAUCAAGGCCUCAAGGGAAACUCAUAUAAAUUCUUUUUGGGUGACUUCAGAGAGAUGGUGAAGAUGGUUAAUGACGCCAAGACCAAACCCAUAAAUCAAAAGAGCGAUGCAAUUCCCCGAGUCUUGCCCUUCGAGCAUAAGUAUCUUAGUGCAUAUGGCAAAAACUUCUUCACUUGGUUGGGGCCUGUACCUGUGGUGCAUGUAACUGAACCGGCUUUGGUAAAGGAGGUCUUGACUAAUAGCUAUGAAUUUCAAAAGCCAAGGGGAGGAGACCCUUUGUUUAAGUUGCUAAUCACAGGUAUAGCAUCCUUUGAUACUGAUGAAUGGAGCAAACACAGGAGAAUCAUCAAUCCUGCUUUUCAUGCUGAGAAGCUCAAGAGUAUGGUGCCUGCAUUUUAUAAGUGUUGUGCUGAGAUGAUCAACAAAUGGGAUGAUAUAUUAAAGAGCAAAAGCUCUGGUGAAGUUGAUAUUGUGCCUUAUAUCAAAAGAAUGUCAUGUGAUGUAAUUUCUAAUAAUGCAUUUGGUAGUAGCUUUAACGAUGGUCAAACUCAAAGAAUAUUUGAUCUGCUAGCCGAACUAGUAGAUUUUGUUGUCAAGUCUAAGCAAACAGUCUACAUUCCUGGAUCAAGUUUGUUACCAACAAAAAGAAAUUUGAGGAUGAAGGAAAUUAAGCGUGAAUUAACUGGUAUGAUAAGGAAUGUCGUUGAAGAACGACUCACCGCAGUGAAACAAGGGGAACCUAAUAAAGAAGACUUGUUGGGCAUACUACUAGAAUCUAAUAGUGAAACAAUAAAAGAACAUGGGAACGAAAAAUCUGGAUUAAGUAUUGAUGAAAUUAUCGAAGAGUGUCAACUUUUCUACGUUAUAGGGCAUGAGACCACGGAAAAUUUUAUUAUUUGGACUAUGGUGUUGUUGGCUCAACACCCAGAAUGGCAAACCCGAGCUAGAGAUGAAGUUGUACAAGCUUUUGGGAAGAAAACACCAGACAGCAGAGAUGCGUUGAAUCGAUUAAAAACCCUUAACAUGAUUUUGAAUGAGGCGCUAAGACUUUACCCACCGGCACCAAUAAUGCCACGCAUGAUAUAUCAAGACACGAAAUUAGGGGACAUGACAUUACCUGCUGGAACUAUCAUAAACUUGCAUAUAAUGCUUAUGCACCAUGAUCGUGACUUAUGGGGUGACGAUGUGAAGGAAUUCAAGCCUGAAAGAUUUUCCGAAGGUGUUUCAAAGGUGACCAAGGGUCAAACAUCUUUCAUUCCUUUCAGUACAGGUCCACGUAUAUGUCUUGCACUAAAUUCUACUAUGUUGGAAGCAAAAAUGGUACUCGCAAUGACUCUACAACACUUUCGCUUUGAGCUCUCGCCAUCAUAUUCGCAUGCCCCCUACGUCUACGUCGCUCUUGAACCUCAGUUUGGGGUUCCUAUGAUAUUACAUAAACUUUAAAUGAUCUGAACCAAAUCAGAUGCGCUUGUUUCUAUUUUGUUUUGUUUAUGCUACGCGUUAAGUAUAAUAAGUUGUCUUCUUAAAUAAAAGUUAAUUUUGUGUAAGUUCAAA